UCACAAUUACGCUGGAAGUUCUCGAUUUCGUGUAUAAAAAGUUUGAUGCAAACUUGAUACUGAUAUGUGUUUAUACCUCCUAACAACUACAUCAUUUAUAUUUUAGAACUUGGCCGAAAGCACGUAGUCGUUUAGGACAACAAGGAAGCAGUUCAGUUUGGCAAAAAAAAAUUUCGACCAUCAGAAAUGAAGACAUUAUUCUUGGCACUGAUAUUUCAAUGUUUCAUCAUUUUUACUUUGGAACAAAACUUCGAGAUUUUGAGGCGAAGCAAUGGCAGAGAUUCGAUUGAUAUUCCUGCUUCAGUGUGUCAGAAGAGAGGCGCAAAUCCAGCCAUUAGAUGCAAAACACUGGGUGCUUUUAACCUGAGACGCAAAAAAUGUUCCUGUAUAUGUCCUUCUAGGAAUGCCACAUUUAUGUUUCACCAAAAGAGAUGGUCUUGUUUCCCAAAUAAACAAGGCAGAAGUCACUACUACCGUGGUUGCAGUUUCACAGCAGCAUUCACUCGUGAGAGUGGAGACCGCCGAAUACCAUCAAUAGGGAUUGGAGAACGAAGAUACAUGUCACUUCGACCAGUAUUUGGAUUCUGGUCGCUAUGGACAUGCUCACUGAAUAUUCCCAUGUCGUGGUUUGCAGAUUGCUGGGAUACAAGGCACCGGUUGAGUCAAUAUUCCAAUAUUGUAACGAAACUCUUCACAAUUGGCCAGCGAAAACCAACGGAUCCUUACUUUUUAAGGGUAAAUAGAAAUGUGCCCGGUACCAACCUUUUCCAAGGAAAGAUCAUGAACUUCAUGGUGGAGUGCACCUUGCUUAUUGGAAGCUCACCUCUACGAACACGGAGCUGCCUGUUGUUCAAGCUGGAAGGAAAGACCACAUGUCCCGUAACCAAGCCAGUCUUAACAAGUUCCUCCACUAUGCCAUCGUUAUCAUCUUCUUCAGCAUCGUUUACUUCAUUAAACGGCCUCUCUAAAACAAUCUCUCACGGUGUCUCAUCGACAGCUAUCGCCACCCAAUCUAGCAUCUCCGUAACUUCGCUCUUUCCGAAAGCAUCCGCCAAACAUAGAAUUAUCACCGUGAGUUCAUUGAAGGCUUCGACUCUACAACCGACAAUUUCUAUAAUCCACCCAAAGGCUUCCAGUUCAAAUUCACAUGUUUCUGCGAUGUCACCGACACCAUCUCUUUUACAGUCUAUCGCCUCUGAAACUUUUGCGGAAGGAUCCGAAACUCAAACGACCAUGUCCGAAAUUGCACCAGCACCACUCGAUACCCUAGAAAGAUCACUAACAGAACCAGAAAUCGAUAGGCCCCAUGCCCAGGUGACUAUCAAAACAACAUCAGCUUCAGUACCAGCCACUCAGCCGACUGUCGCCGAGACUCUACCAACGGAGCCUACAGCACGGACACUAGGCCAGGUGGAUCCGAAGACCAACAAUACCAAACCGACAAACUCCUCACCAAAAGCUCCUCCCUCUAUCAGCUCGGACUCUCGGCAAAAGAAUAAAGGAAGCAAGGAAUCUUCUUCUUCAUCAUCAAUUUUCAUUAUUGGAAUAGCCGCUGCGCUAGUAUUCGCUGCCGUCAUCGCCGUCAUCAUUGCCUACCGUCGCCACUACUUAAAAGAAAGGCAUCGCGCAAACUCUGAAGGGUACGUCAGCGAUGGGACAACGGAAGUAAUAGUGAUGAAGCAACGAAGACCACAUCCAUCGAACAAAGAUAAAAGCAACAACAAUACACCUGGAUUUAAAAGCCAAACGCUACGGAUGUCAACCAACUGUGUUCCACCAUGGCUAACCGACAUGUCUCAAUCUCAUGUAAACGGUUCACUUGAGGAAGAAGACAGAGCCAGCCACUUGUACGCCCCGAUUGAAAUUCCGAGAAUUGCGGCUACAUCUCAACCAGAACCUUUCUAUCACGUUUUAGAAAAUCCUGGAAAACUUCUUGACCAGGUUUCAGAAAUCAAUAGACAUGGUGCCAAUAUACACUGCAACAAGAGAGAGCCAUUUUACUAUGUCCUUGAGGGACCUUAUCUUGACGAUACAGAGAGAUCUGCUCAGUGUGGCGCCAGUUCAUCGGAAGAACCAAUUUACUGUACCUUGGACGAAGUCUAUCCUCGUCGUUAUGGUUCGUCACGUGACACUUGCGAAAAUGAUUCAAUAUACAACGUUUUGGAUAGACGUUAUUUUAAUGGCUCAAAAGUGCCUGAUCAUUAUGUAUUCGUGUCUCCUAGAGUAGACAUUUUGAACCGGCUAGAAACACCUGAUAAGGACGUUUCCACAGCUCCUUCAAAUUAUGCCCCUAAAUGUGACCACAUGGAGAGGCAGAAGGUUCUUGACAAACGCUUCUUUGAAGAAUCUGAGGUCGCUGAUCAUUAUGUACAAAUUUUCCCUUUCACACUUGAUAACAUGAUAAGGCGUAUCAAUCCUACGUCUUCAAGAAAAUCAAGUUUGGGUCGUCUUUCUACAGACGGCUAUUUAGAGGAAUGCUAUUUUCAAAGGUCUAACAUUCCUUCUCAGUAUGUUAAUGUAGCGCUGAGUGUUCAGGGUUUUAGCGCUUUGGAAGAAAUAGGCUCAAAUCCAAACUCUUUAAGGAGAACUGCUUAUGUUCAUUCAACCCCCAAUUCUUUGGAGAGACUCGACUGUGUGUUGAAAGGUCCAGAUGAACCUGAGUACAGUUCUUGGAGAGAACUUUAUCUUAGUGGCAACGUGGUGCUAAACGAAAGAGGCCCUAGCGCUUUGGAAGAAUUGAACUCAAAUCCAAAUUCUUUGCGAAGAGGCGCUUGCGGUCAUUCAUCUUCAAAUUCUUUAAAGAGACUUGAUUGUGCGCUUAGAAGUCCAGAUGAACCAGACUAUUGUCUUAUGAUGGAAAAUUAUCUGAAGGGUAAUGUGGCACUGAGCAGACAAGGUUUUAGUGCAUUGGAAGAACUAAGCUCAAAUCCAAAUAGUUUAAGGAGAAACGCUUGUGUUCAUUCAAAUGGAAAUUCUUUAGAGAGACUUGGAUACACAGUCGAGUGUCCGAAUGAGCCAGACUACUGCCCUAUGAUGGAAAACUAUCUCAAGACCAAAGUGACGCUGAGUGGACAAGGUAUCUGCGCAUUGGAAGAACUAAGCUGGAAUCCAAAUUCUUUAAGUCUGCAGAGACUUCAUUCUACCCAAGGAGGUCUAGGCGAACCAGAAUACCGUUUCAUGAGUGAACGUUAUCUCAGGAGCAAGGUAGCGUUGAAUGGACAAGAUUCUGGCACGCUAGUGGAAUUAAGUUGCAGACCCGAGAGCGUUCAUUCAAAUCCAAAUUCUUUGCAUAGAUUUGACGAUGCCCUUAAUUGUCCAAUUGAACCCCAUUACAGUUCUUCGAUGGACCGUUAUCUAAGUGACAACGUAGUGCAAAACGUACGAGGCCCUAGCGCAUUGGAGGAGUUAAUUAGCUCAAAUCCAAAUUCUUUGAGACGACCCGACUGCAUUCAUAAUCAUUCAAAUGAAAAAGCUUUGGAGAGAUCUGACUAUGUCCUUGAAUUUCCAAAUAAACCAAACUGCAAAUCUUCGAUGGAACGUUAUCUAAGUGACAACGCAUCGCUAAACAGACGAGGUCCUAGCGCAUUGGAGGAGUUAAUGAGCUCAAAUCCAAACUCUUUGGGACGACGCGACUGCGUUCAUUCAAAUCGAAACUCUUUGCAGAGAUCCGAUUACGUCCUUCAAUUUCCAAAUGAACCAGAAUAUAGUUCUUGGAUGGAACUUAAAAUGUAUUUAAGAGCCAACAUAGCGCUGAAUGAACAAGUUUCAAGUGUCUUGGAGGAAUUACACUCAAACCCAAAUUCUCUCAAAAGAUCUAAUCAACAUUCUCUAAUGAGACCUGAUUGUGCCCUCGAAUGUCCAAAAGAACCAGAUUACAGUUCUUGGAGGGACUCACACGAUCCUGAUCUUUCUGUCACCAGAGGUGAGUCAGGUGACAGCACAGAAGAUAUGAAUCUCAACGCCUUCAAACAAACCGAUUGUGAAGAAAGAAGCGGCGCAAAUCGUUAUCGAGGAAUCACAUUGCGCAGGGGCGCAGUAAUACGGAAAAAUAUCGCAAAAAAACCAUCUGAAGAGCCUACUGACUGAACUCAGGACGGAAGUAAAGAAUGCUAAAGUGACGAGCGCCUUAGCUGGGAACCAAAGGAAACUGACAGUAUUAAAGAAUCUAAGCUGAGUGCUAAGAAAUUAUCACAGUCCCUACCAUGAACUCUAGAAUUGUCACGGUAGGGAAAUUUUUCGAAUAAUCGCACAUAAUGGUAGAAAAUGGUCCGAACACCAGCCUGGUUAGGGCUAGUCAGCGAGUCAGUUCAGAAGACUUAGGACGUAAGUAAAGAGUGCCAACGAGAGAAGCACCUUAGCAAGACCUCUAUGGAACCUGAUCACUAGAAAACGUUUAAGCUGCGCCAUGAGACAUUCACGCAGUCCGUAAAGUGAACUCCAGGCGAAAUAUCAAAAUGUUUUGGCACGCUGUGAAAGGUAAACGACCUUGAAAUUACACAGGGGAACUGAAACGACUUUAGAAAUACGGUAGAUCAUCAGCAUAGGGAAAUGCACGACGAAAAUCCAGACUAAAUGGGAAUAUAUUAGUAGUUUGGGAUUGGAUCAUGAUUAAUUUCCUUCUUGGUUAAUUAAAAAAUAAUGAAUUGGUACGCAUUAUGCGACAUUAUUAUCGUGCUUGAUAGUAUUUCUGAGUAGGAAAGUUUUUUCGGAGUGAGCAAAAGUUAUCUGAAAGAGAACAAAGAUCGGACUGUCCAUCCGCAAAAAACAUUUUAUCCCAAGAAAACGGUUUACCGGCUGUUAUCGUUCCAUGAAGAACACCUACAAUAGGAGACCUGGAUUCGUUUAGCCUGCUAUCUUCUUUCUGCGCUGCUUUUCAAGAUUUAUCAGAAUUGACUUUUCUCAGUGAAUGGUCUUACCUUCGAGUCUUCAUGUUUUUCGUACUCUCGAGAUUUAAAUAUAGACAAUGAAACACCAAUUUUAUGAUGAAAUUUCGAGUUAUUCCAUUUUCGUCGUCGUAGUAUAAAUGUGCCAACCACCAGCUCCCUUUUUCGUUCUUUUGUUUAGUAUCUGGCCACAGCGUGUCUGAUUUAAGAGUACAAGGCAUGCAUCGUAGAUAAACGCAGAAAUUAGAGUGAUUUUCAUUGUCUUUUCUCUGGCACUCUCUUAGUUGCUGGAGGUUGUUCAUUAACCUUUGGCUCUCUAUAAUGAUCGAGGCAAAACUUCUCCUUACAAUAUCAUAACAAUCUCAAGCAGAAAAGCGACGACGAUAAAAUAAAAUGUAAAAAAGUGAUGGGGAUAAAGAAAAAUAUGAAUUAGAGGAUUAUUAGCUGAUCCAAGACCAAAUCCUCCAACCUAAGAUCAUAAGAGUUGUAUGGCAAGCAGUGAGAAGAAUUAUUAGCGAGAUCUUAAGAGCUCAAUGGUUAAUGUUUGUUUUUUCAGUACGAAAUAAACUGCAAUCACGGAUGA